CACGGUGACGUGAUCGCCAUGGCAGCGGCGUCCCCGGGGUUCUCGCCAUUUCAAGCGCCCGUGCUCCCGGCUGCACGCCCAGUGUCGUCAAUCAGCUUGCCGGCGUCGCCGAUCGGGUUCGACAUGGCAAGGUCGGAGGUGGAGCUGCAGCUGCACGCCAUCACAGACGCGCCUCUGAUUUGUCCGCUCCCGCAGCGUGGCCCGGUGGCCAUGGCGCUCGUGCAGCCCGACAAGGUGGUGUUUCGGUCCCAGCCGAUCUCCGCGGUGCCGCCGGAGGCCAAGAACUCGAGCCGGAGCGCGCCGCGCAUGGCGAAGACCAAGGCGCGCCGGGACACGAGUUACGACUCGUUCAAGACGUGGUCCGGGAAGCUGGAGCGCCAGAUCACAACGCAACUACUAGGCGCCAGACCGCCGCAGCAGCAGCAGGAGCAGGAGGAGGAGGAGCCCGAGGAAGACGACGCGACGAGCAACCGCCCCAACACCUCCAUGCCCAGAGUGCAGCGCUUCUUCGCUGCGCUGGAAGGCCCUGAACUCGACAAGCUGAGGUCCUCGGAGGAGCUGGUCCUGCCGUCCGACAAGACGUGGCCGUUCCUGCUCCGCUUCCCGGUGUCGGCGUUCGGCAUGGGCAUGGGCAUGAGCAGCAUGGCGAUCCUGUGGAAGAGGAUCGCGAUCUCGGCGUCGACGCGGUUCCUGCACAUGACGCUCAAGAUCAACCUGGUGCUGUGGUGCAUCUCGGUGGCGUUCAUGUUCGUCCUCUCGAUGCUGUACGCCUUGAAGGUCGUAUUCUACUUCGAGGCGGUGCGGCGCGAGUACUACCACCCGAUCCGGGUGAACUUCUUCUUCGCGCCGUGGAUCGCGUGCCUGUUCCUGGCCAUCGGCGUGCCAGAGCUGGUCGCGGAAACCCUCCCGCACUGGCUCUGGUACGUGCUCAUGGCGCCCAUCGUGUGUCUGGAGCUCAAGAUCUACGGGCAGUGGAUCUCCGGCGGGCAGAGGCGGCUGUCGCGGGUGGCGAACCCGUCCAACCACCUGUCCAUCGUCGGCAACUUCGUUGGCGCGCUGCUCGGCGGCAUCAUGGGCCUGAAGGAGGGGCCCCUCUUCUUCUUCGCCGUAGGGCUGGCGCACUACAUCGUGCUGUUCGUCACGCUGUACCAGAGGCUGCCGACGAGCGAGACGCUGCCCAGGGACCUCCACCCGGUGUUCUUCCUGUUCGUGGCCACGCCCAGCGUUGCCUGCCUGGCGUGGGCAAGGAUCACCGGCGAGUUCGGCUACGGGUCCCGGAUCGCCUACUUCAUCGCCAUGUUCCUCUACGCGUCACUCGCUGUGCGGAUCAACUUGUUCCGGGGGUUCAGGUUCUCGCUGGCGUGGUGGGCGUACACGUUCCCGAUGACGAGCGCGGCGAUCGCGUCGAUCCGGUACGCGUCGGAGGAAAAGAACGCGUUCACGCAGUGCAUGUGCAUCGGGCUCUCGGCGGCCGCGACGCUCACGGUGACCGUGCUCUUCUUCACCACGCUGCUGCACGCCGUCGUGCACCGCGACCUCUUCCCCAAUGACAUCUCCAUCGCCAUCACGGAGCGCAGGCGCAAGCCCAGCGUCGCGACGGAGAUGAUGCAGGAGAGCGGCAGCAAGGCGCUCGCCCCCGCCCUCUCCGACGCCAGGGACCUGGAAGCCGCCGUUGCGACGUCGUAUACGUAAACACCGAUCAACCGUGCAACUGUGACGGCCAUGACAUGCGUUGAUGAUGGAUCUCUAGCUUGGACUUGAGAAUUCGAGCGUUUGCUAUGAUCGGUGGAUCGAGUUGGCUGCCGUGUGGGGCAUGCACUUAGCUUGGCCGUACAGGACCAACACGUCGUGUGAGAUUCGAGUGUGACCGGUCGAGGGAAGUUGAUCGCGCGUGCGCUGGUGGUUGAUGCGUGGACACGAGAUGGAAGAUAGUGGUGGGUCGAUCAGGGCACGCAUGGAUCAUCCAUCCAUUUGUGUUGUGAUGUAGAAUUGUAGAUAGAGGAGACUUGUGUUGCAUUGUUACUUGCUACUUAGCAUGCGUAAGAUGCAUGCUGUACGUGUAGCUCAAUAUGUCAGUCUCCGCAUGUCUAUUAUGGAGCGAGCUGAGAUCA